AUGGAAAGAUGCCAUUUUGCUUCAUCUGAAGUUUUCUUCAUAUACAACAUGCUGAUAACAAGUGGGAGGAAAUUGGAGGGAACCCUCUACGUUGGGUUUGUCACAUCCAACACCGAAAACCGCCUCAUUAGCAAAGUCCUCAACAAGGGGGAUGUUUUUUUGUUUCCUAUUGGUCUCAUUCACUUCCAAUUCAAUAUUGGGAAGACUAAUGCAGUAGCCAUUGCUGCUCUGAGCAGCCAAAAUCCAGGUGUUAUCACCAUAGCCAAUGCAGUAUUUGGAUCAGAUCCACCCAUCAAUCCUGAUGUUCUCACAAGGGCCUUCCAGUUGGACAAGAGCGUGGUUAAGUACCUUCAGUCACGGUUCUGA